GUCGAGGUAGGGUGCUUUUAUCGCCGGUUUCGCCGGUGUCCGAUCGCAAUCGAAUUCCUCCUUCGCUUAUUCGCGCCAGAAAAUUCGUCCGUUAAUUCAUUUCGUUGCUCGGCUCGAGACGCGUUUUCGACGAUCGUAGGGUGAAAAAUUCGUGGGUCUGUUAAGUGAGAAAAAAAAAACUUUUCGAGUGAUAAAGUCAGGCGGCUCCUUGGACAGCAGUCUUAGUUUCAGUGUGAACAGUGCGUUUAUCUUUUUCGCGAGACUAAGCGUAUAGUUAAAUAAAUUCAUCAUCGUGUCGCGUUUCAAGUCUUGGCCAGUGCCAAUAUAAUGUGAGCCGUCGCGAGUGACAGAGACGGAUUCAGAGAGAGAGAGAGAGAGACGAACGACAGAAAUUAAACGUGGUCUGAUUUCAACAUGACGCGAAGCGGAGUCUAGAACCGAUCGCAUCUCAGUCCCCCUUUCUAUAGAGGGGAAAGUGAAGGUAGGAGGGAAGAGACGAGGAGACGUGAGAAUCUUCUCGUGGUCGUGAAAUCGUGAAAUCGUCAACGAUCAUCGUAGCGCACCUCCGCAAAGAGACACAACAGAACGCGAAGAAUGGAACGGCGUUUGCCAACGGCGUGCAGCAUGAGCACGGAGAAACGGUGCUCACGCCGAUCCUUCCGGCCAUGGAUCGUCCUCGCGACGGUCCUGUUUGGCCAGCUGCUGCUCCUGCAGCAGGUCCGCGGCGAGAUCUACACCAAGAUGUUCUCCAGCCAGCAGAACCCCAGCGAUCCGUGCUACGACGAGGAUCGGCCACGGCGGUGCAUACCCGAUUUCGUGAAUGCGGCUUUCGGCGCAACCGUCGAGGCAUCGUCCACGUGCGGCACCGGUGGGCCCACCCGCUACUGCGACGUCACCGACGAGCCCGGCGGCACCACCGGCAUCGGUCACUGUCACGUGUGCGACGAUAGCACGCCCCGGCGACGUUUCCCUGCCAGCUAUCUGACCGACCUUAACAAUCCGAACAACGUCACCUGCUGGCGCAGCGAGCCGCUCGUUAGCUCGCAGAGCUUCUCGGCGCCUCCCGACAACGUCACCCUGACCCUCUCGCUCGGCAAGAAAUACGAGCUGACGUACGUCAGUCUGCAGUUCUGCCCGCGCGCCGCCAAGCCGGACUCCAUCGCGAUCUACAAGUCCAUGGAUUACGGCAAGACCUGGCAACCGUUUCAGUUUUACUCAUCGCAAUGCCGCCGGGUCUAUGGCAGGCCCAAUCGCGCGACUAUCACCAAAGCGAACGAGCAAGAAGCGCGGUGUACCGACAGCCAUCGUUACACCGGCGGAGAUGGUCUCGGUCCAGUCGGCAGGAUCGCCUUUAGCACUCUGGAAGGUCGACCAUCCGCUGCCGACUUCGACAACUCACCGGUACUACAGGACUGGGUGACCGCGACGGAUAUUCGGGUGGUAUUCAACCGGCUGCAUAUGCCGCAGCAAUCUAGCCCGGAUCAGGUAUCGCACAACGGCGAGGAGCAUCACGUGGCGGCGAUCGGGCUGGAGGAGCUGACGAAGCGAGAACGCGAGCGCGAGGAACGGCUCAAGAACCAGAAGAACGCGAUCCUGCACGCGCAGGAUCCGCUGGUAACGGCAUUACCGUCGGUCCAUCAGGUGAUCGCGCCCCAAGAGAUGCAGUCGAACGACGCGAUCGACGCCGCGGUCCGAGACAUGGGCUUCGUGCCGGUCACCAUCUCCACGACCACGACCACGCUCGCCAGCGUGGCGAUGAACGGCUUGGGUCCGGCUACCGCCACCAUGGCCCAUCACUACGCGGUCUCGGACUUCGCCGUGGGCGGCAGGUGCAAGUGCAACGGACACGCGGCGCGCUGCAUCCCCGGCAAGGACGGCGAGGUCGUCUGCGAGUGCAGGCACAACACCGCUGGCAGGGACUGCGAGCGGUGCCGGCCCUUCCACUUCGAUCGCCCGUGGGCUAGGGCCACCGCCAGGGAUGCCAACGAGUGCAAAGUGUGCAACUGCAACCUCCACGCGAGAAAGUGCAGAUUCAACAUGGAGCUGUACAAGCUGUCGGGCCGUGUCAGCGGAGGCGUUUGUCUGCAGUGCCGGCAUUUUACGGCAGGAAGGCACUGUCAUUACUGCCGCGAAGGUUACUACAGAGAUCCGGCGAGACCGAUCACGCAUCGCAAGGCCUGCAAACCGUGUGACUGCCAUCCGAUCGGAGCUUCUGGAAAGACCUGUAACCAGAGCAGCGGCCAGUGUCCCUGUAAAGACGGCGUAACCGGUAUUACUUGCAACAGAUGCGCCAGGGGCUACCAACAGAGCAGAUCGCAUAUUGCGCCUUGCAUCAAGAUACCUAGGGUCGUGCAGACGCAGGGUACGGCUGGUGAAGAGAGCGGCGAGCAUGAGGACGAUGACGACGAGCGCGGAUACGAUGGACGAGCUGAUCAGUGCGGAAAGUGUCGCGCCAGCACGAAGAGGCUAAAUCUCAACAAGUACUGCAAAAGAGACUACGCUAUUCUGGGCAGAAUAACGGACAGACACAAGAAAAGCGAUAGCUCGCAGGCCGGCACAAGCGUAUCAGGUACAUCCUGGAUCCGAUUCACUCUAAACGUUGACUUUAUCUACAAGAAAAAUCCUAACUCGAGGAUUCGACGUGGCGACGUGUCCCUUUAUGUUCAUUCAGCUGAUCUGGCUUGCAGAUGCCCGAAAAUCAAGCCUAAUAAAUCUUACUUGAUCCUUGGCCAAGAGAGUGACGGCGGUGGUCAAGGUGGACUCACAGUGACACAGAGGUCGAUCGUCAUCGAGUGGCGCGACGAAUGGCACCGUCGAAUGCGUCGUUUUCAACGAAGGGCGAGAUCGUGCCAUUGAGAUGCUCGUACGUCGCGGAGAGGAAGAGAUAGAAAGCAAGAUGAAGAGAGAAAAAGAAUAAGAGUGUGAGUGAAAGAACGAGAGAGAAAGAGAAAGAGAAAGAGAGAGAGACAGAGAGAGAGAGAGAGAAAGAGGAAGUGGGUGCAUGUAUGCGUGCGUUUGUGUAUGUAAGAAUGAGAGAGAGAAAGAGAAAGAGAAAAAGAAAGAGAGUGACAGAAAGAGAGAGAAAGAAGAAAGAAGGAGAGAGAAACAGAGAGGAAAAGAGAGAAGUCAAUCCCCUCCUAACCGUGUUCGUAGGAACCUGCAUAUCUUGAUUUCCCGACCGCGAAUACCAGUAUCGGGGUGCCGAUUUUGUUUUGCGCGCGGUAUUCAUCGACGAUCUUAUGUCGAAAGCAAGAUACGAGGAAGGAAGACGAAAGGGGGAGCAGCGAUUUUUCCAUGACGAGUGCGUCCGCCCCGCGAAGUAACGCGAGCAAUGCAUAUUUGUAGAAAGAUUGCGUGCAAAGGCAACCAUCUCGUUGCGAGAUAUAAUCCUGAAACGAUCCACAGGAAUGAUCGAUCGUUCGAAAUAUACACUGAUGAAUAAUCAUUAAAAUUUCAGAUGAUCUCUAUAUCUGUAUUAUCAAUCAAUCACACGUAUAUAUAUUUAUGAAAUUUCUUUCUAAUAUUUAUUUCAAUUAAAAGAACUCUUCAGUUUUGCCCUGACUUUCGCCAAGCACAUAUCCUUUGAAUCAAAUGCAAAUUAGUUUUCCAUUCUAAUAUGACAAUUUGCUGUUCGGUCGAGUACCCAACGUCUCUGUAGAGCAAGCGCAUUCCUCGAUGUCGAUUCACUCUUGACAUUUGUUGCGCGACAUUUCUCCGUGACAAGCGAUUUAUUGAACGGCAUGAAUCUUUGAAGGCUCGCCAUCGUACCCGUUCGCACCCGAUAAAUCGCGUGUCCGUGAGAAAUGUCGCGAGAUAAAUGUCGGGUCGAAUUUACGCGACAGAUUCAAUUACUCUGAAAUACCGCAAAUCGUCGCCGGUAUAUGGUGGUUUCUGGCGGUACCCCCGUUAUUCAAUGGCGAAUAAUCAUCCGAAUAGGUCGUCAUUUCUGUACCGUUAAUACUAUAGCCGAACCAGAUUUAAAUAAAAGAUAUUCGCUUCCGCAUCAUAAUCCUCGUAGCGCAGUCACUGUCGUGAUCAAUAGAAAUUGAUGGUUUUAAUUAAGUUGCGUGCAACAAUAUUCAACGUGAAUUGCGAGAGAACGUGAUAUUAAUAUCUCUAUAACAUAUAAAAUAAUCGAGCUCUUUCAAAACGUUUCUCCGACGGUUCGAUGGUAAUUCAUUUUCAUCAACAUCAAUUUGCUAUAUACAAAACAUGGACGUGUACAGAUUGUGCACGAUGUGAUGCGAGCGUGUUAUGUACGAACUGAGCGUUAAUGCAUCUAUAUUAUAGAAGGUACUAUCAUUAAAGCUUAAUAGAUUCGGCAAAGCGAAAUCAAUUUCGAAAAUCGCAUACUGAUGUACGAUGUCUUUAAUCUUGUUCAUCCCUUUUUAUUUUGCUUAUGAGCAAAAAUUGAAGUGAAGCUUGAAAAAGGGAGCACACAAAAAACUACCGUUUGAAGAAAAGUUCAAUUCAUGCUUUUGAUUUUUUUACAUUAAUAAUUUGGCGCAAUUGUGAGAUAU